AAUGCUUGUGCCAGAAGAGUUUACUGCAUUAGGGGUGACAACAAUUGGAGACAAAGCCAGGCUUAAACAGAGAUGCAAGGACUACUUGAAAGGAAAGUCGUUGGAUUCACCAGUUAUGUCAAAAUUUCGAGAAUUAAAUUCAAAGUCAAAAUCAAACAGAAAUUCUAGGAAAAUGAAGUUAACUAAAAGACUCUAUAUUGGAUGGAAACAUGGCCAUCAAGAUCUGUACAGACUUGUUCAUCCCGCUAAAGGAGGCGGCCAGUUCGUUCAAGAUGUAAAUAAAGGAUGUACUCUCAGUGAGUUGAAAAGCUUACUUAUUGACCUGUACUUUCCGAGGGGACACUGUAAAGCAGGAAACCUGCAUGUUAAUGAAGUAGAUGCAACAGUUGUAAAUUACUCCGGGCAUACACUCCCAGAAACGAUUGGAGAUGAUCCUUUCACAGUAGGAUUAUACUGCGACAGCAGGAAAUCAAAUCCAGUGAGAAUUUAUUUACAAACUGAAAAGGUGAUCAGAUUUUUUCUUUAA